AUGCGACUCAAGUUUAUCAUUUUGGUAGCAGCCUCUAUAGGCAUGUCAAACGCAUUGCGCCGGAAAUGCAAGCGAAACCCUCAAAACCAGGGCGAAGGAUGGUACUUCACUACCGGUAUCGACACUGUGCAGAAAGUUGCGGACGACUUCUGCAUGAAACCCGAAGUCGUCAGACAUUGGAACAACAUAAACCCAAAGGAUGACCUCAGGCCUGGCGUCAAUAUCAAAGUACGGUGCACUGAACGUAAACGAGAUUGCCUCAAGAACCCAUCAGGCAACGGCGCGUACAUUGUCGCGUCAGGGGAUGAGUACAAGUAUAUUGCACCCGACUUUUGUACCAGUGUGGACAAGCUGAAAGAGCUGAACCCGAAAGUUCCCCACCCAGACACAAUUCAACCUGGGUUACUUCUUUGGGUACCAUGCCCCUUCAACGACGUUCCAUGA